AUGCUAGGUGGAUUAUAUGGAGACCUGCCUCCACCGUCCGCCACGGCGGAGGAAGAAAAAUCAACCCCCAAUACCUCCACUGUAUGGUCUACUAGCACCUUAAUGGCACCACCUACUCUCCGUAAACCCAUGGCAUCGCCACUAACUAUUUUAAAAUCCCAAAACAAACCUAAACCCCCAGUCUCCGCUUCCAAAACUUUAAUUUCUCCGGUCGUGGUUGCGGCACCGGCUGUUACAGUGCUAUCUGAUGAGGUGGCUGCGCAACCGGCAUUCGUAGGGAUGAAUUCGGUUGUUAUUGAGGAGUAUGAUCCGGCGAGGCCGAAUGAUUAUGAGGAUUAUAGGAGGGAAAAGAAAAAGAAGGUCAUGGAAGCUGAGAGGUUAAGGGAGAUUGAGAGGAGGAGGCAAGAGGAAGAGGAGAGAGAGAGGAAGGAGAAAGAAGACAGGGAGAGGGAUAGAGAGAAGGAUAGGAAUAUUUCUGGGGAAGAAGCGUGGAGGAGGCGUGCAGCCAUGAGUGGGGGUGUUCCGAGGAGUCCUUCGCCACCCAGUAAUGUGGAUGGGUUUAGUAUUGGGAAAUCAGAGACAGUUGGGUUGGGAGUUGGUGCUGGUGGACAAAUGACUGCCGCGCAGAGGAUGAUGGCGAAGAUGGGGUGGAAGGAAGGGCAAGGAUUGGGGAAGCUGGAGCAAGGGAUUACGACACCAUUGAUGGCAAAAAAGACUGAUCGGAGGGCUGGGGUUAUUGUGAACGCUAGUGAGACGAAGCCAGAGAAGAAGGUGAAGAGUGUGAAUUUCAAUGGAACGCCAACUCGUGUUAUGCUACUAAGGAAUAUGGUGGGCCCUGGUGAGGUAGAUGAUGAACUAGAAGAUGAGGUUGGUUCUGAGUGCUCAAAGUAUGGUACAGUCACUCGGGUUCUUAUAUUUGAGAUCACCGAACCAAACUUCCCACGUGAAGAAGCAGUUAGAAUUUUUGUACAGUUUGAGAGAUCAGAAGAAACAACAAAAGCAUUGAUUGAUCUUGAUGGGCGGUUUUUUGGGGGUAAUGUGGUUCGUGCAACAUUCUAUGAUGAGGAGAAGUUCAGCAAGAACGAGUUGGCUCCUAUUCCUGGUGAAAUCCCGGGCUUUUGA